AUGGUCAAAUACGUCUACACCAUCUCUGCAGCAGCCUUACUAAAACUGGGCUGGUCCUCGUUGGCAGCUGCAGCAUUAAUCAACUUACCUCUCAACGACCUCUUCAUACGGGACAAUUCUGCGACUUGCCCCACGAACUCUACCUCGUGCGGUAGCUCGUAUUCCGGGAACUUUUGCUGCGCGUCAGAUACGACGUGUCUCCGCUUGGAUAGUGGAAGCAGUGUCCUCUGUUGUCCCACGGGAGAGGACUGUUCAUUCAUCGAACCGAUUACUUGCAAUGUGCAGGCAAUGAACGCUACUGCUAAUCCAACUGCCCCAAUACAGUCCACGAAGCUGAGCGACGACUUGCCAACCUGCGCGAACGGAUGUUGUCCUUUUGGGUAUACCUGUGCGAAGAACACCACAUGCGUUCUGGACUCGUCGACCUCAACAACUACUGACUCUGGCUCCGCGUCAACGACGGCCACGUCCGCGGCAACGACAAAAUCAGUUGCCUCUGCCACAUCCACAAUUUCCAUCAGCGAUACCGCCCCGACAACGUCGACAGUAUCAUCAGCAACGUCUACCUCUGUAUUUUCAUCAAACUCAACACAACCCGAGGCAUCAACAACAUGUCCUCAAUUACCUGCAACAGCUGUUGUUGCCGGCUUCUUCCCCGGCGCAGUGGCCGGCGCCCUCGCGGCUGCUAUGAUAAUGAUGUGUAGACGACGCGGCGACAAACAAAACCGCGAAAGCACACUCCAAAAGACCCAUCGCUCAUCCGGUGGUACCAUAGUUGGAAUUUCAGAUCCCAUACCAGAUGACGAAAAUGGUUCGUUCCGUACAGACUUCCUCCUUCAACGAAAACUGAGUGGCCGUUACCCACAACCAGGCACGGUCUCACGCUCCAAAUCCAUGAUGCGCAGAACCGGUACUCGAGUGAAGAGCAUCUUCAUCGGGAAAAACGGUACCACCGCAGCAAGCCCGCAAUGGAAUACCGCAACGCCGCCCAUGCCUCCCAUGCCGGAUAUUUCAUUACCAGUUACACCACCACAUCAAACCGGCAGGCUUGCUGCUGGUCCACGCCAACAAAGUACGGAGAGUAUCAAGGUGUAUUCUCCACCUAACAUGUUGGGUAUAAGCAGCUUGAAUCAGGAUCGAAACACCACGUUCAGCGAGGUGAUGGAAAAGGCGGGCUUUCAGAAUGCGAGGGGUGAGCCGUCAUUUCGGGUGACCGAGACACCUGUUCAGGGCAACAGCCCGCAGCGGAAGAAGUAG